AUGGUGCAUCAUCUAGAUCAGCAAGAAGGCGAAAUUUUAUUAUUAUCCUCUAGAUUUCGAGAUAAGUGUUAUUGCUUGAUGGAUAGGAAGAAUUUAAAAUGGGUAUCAUUAAUUGUAUUAAUCCUUCAAACGACAUUUCUUGUAUUAAUCUUACACUAUUCACGUGUCCAGAAAGUCGAUGGACCAAGAUAUCUAUCAUCUACAGCUGUAGUCACUGCGGAAAUAAUCAAACUGCUUACAUGCAUCAUCUUUAUUGCAUAUCAACACUCCUGGGAGUAUGUGGGAUUCAUGGAUGAAGUUUAUACAGAAUGUUAUAUCAAGUCAAAGGAUACUUUGAAAAUGGCUGUUCCGGCAUUUCUGUAUGUCGUGCAAAAUAAUCUCCUUUUUAUCGCUUUGUCGAAGCUUGAUGCAGCUACAUAUCAGGUAACUUAUCAGCUAAAAAUCCUCACAACAGCAUUAUUUUCCGUAACAAUGCUUGGAAGGAAAUUGAAUAGUCAAAAAUGGAUAUCAUUAUUCUUGCUGACGGUUGGAGUCGUUUUAGUGCAAUUGCCCACGGAUUUGGAUAAAGCAACAUCAGCAGCAAAAUCUUCUUUAUAUACAGAUUCGGAUAAAAUGGUCGGAUUGCUCACUGUCAUUGCAGCUUGUUUCUUGAGCGGUUUUGCUGGUGUCUAUUUAGAGAAAGUCUUGAAAAGUUCGACAUCACUUUGGAUGCGAAAUUUGCAACUUGCAUUCUUCAGCAUUUUCAGUGGAUUUUUUAUGGUCUGGUUUUACGAUUUUAAGCAAGUAAAUGAGUAUGGUUUUUUUCAAGGAUAUAACAGCGUAAUUUGGAUUGUUGUUCUGCUCCAGGCUUAUGGAGGACUUGUUGUGGCUUUGGUAGUGAAAUAUGCUGAUAAUAUACUGAAAGGCUUCGCUGUAUCAUUUUCAAUUGUAUUGUCCAGCUUAAUGUCCUAUUGGUUCCUGGAUGACUUUCAACCGUCGCUGGCUUUUGCUGCUGGUGCAGUGGUUGUUAUUUUUUCGUCAUUUUUUUACGGAUAUGAAGCAAAACAAUCAUCCAAGCUAAUAGAAUCAAAAAGUUAA